GAGAGACUUCCAGCAGCUCAAAAUCAUUAUAACUGUCAUGCUAGCUAUCAUGUUACUGCAGUUGCUCCCAUAUUAUAGAUUUUGUCUUGCUUACCUGAAUACAGAAAGCUCCGAGAGAAACUUAUCCUGCUAGUCAGAGAGGGCCCAGAGGCUCUGAGACAUUGCUGCCACUGUAGUCUCUUGUUGUUCUUGCCAUAUCAGAGAUGGGUUUAAUUGAUUGCUGGUAUGUGGAUCAGACAAGGGUUUUAUUAGGACAUCAAUACUGGCAUAUGGAUUUGAGAGGACACAGACAGCCAGUUUAUGCUACAAUGCGAAAUCUAUCCAAAAAGGAUCAGUUGGAGGAAGCAGCUGGAAGUACUUUGGGAGAUACCCUAGAAAUUAAACAACUGGAUGUGUGUAGUGAAGAAUCAGUCAAAGACUGUGUGAAUAACAUUCCUAACAGAAAGAUAGAUGUAUUAGUUAGCAAUGCUGGUAUUGGAAUGGUGGGGCCUAUCGAAUGCCAGAGCAUGGAAGACAUGUUUAAUGUGAUGGACACUAAUUUCUUUGGACUUGUUAGACUGCUGAAAGAAAUUUUACCAGAUAUGAAGAAAAGAAAGAGUGGCCACAUUGUAGUAAUAAGUAGCGUUAUGGGGAUUCAAGGUAUAUUAUUCAACGAUAUAUACGCAGCAUCAAAAUUUGCUGUUGAAGGAUUCUGUGAAAGCCUUGCUAUACAGGUCCUGAAAUUUAAGCUCUGUCUUACUCUGAUUGAACCAGGACCAGUUAUAACAGAGUUUGAAAGAAAGGUCUAUGAAGAAGGGAUGAAAAUGGACCUUUCUAGUGCAGAUAAGGAAACAGCAGACAUGUUUACAAACAUUUAUCUUAAGAAUUAUAAACAGAUCUUUGAGAGUCUUGGACAGAGCCCAGAAGAAGUGGCAGAGCACACUAUAAAAAUAAUAAACUCAGAAAAUCCACCAUUCCGCCAUCAGACCAAUACCCUCUACACACCCAUGACUACUCUGAAAUAUGCUGAUCCCAGUGGAGACCUACCCAUUGAUACUUUCUACAAGAUGGUUUUCCAGCAUGAUAAAGUCUUCAGUGCAAGCCUCAACUUCAUCAAGCUGUUGAGAUGGAGAAGCAGAAAAAGUUUUGAUCUUGGAAAACCACAGUCAUAACAAUGUUUUUGUCUUUUUCUUAUUUAUUUUAUAUUACAUCUUUCCUUUUGUGAAUUGUUUAAAACAUGACAUAACUAAUGAAUGAAUGAAUGUAACUACAUAAAUCAUAUUGAAAAAUGAAAAUCAAAUGAAAUGACUUCUUGUACCACUAAAAAUUAAGGAAAUAAUAAAAGCACAGAAAUAAA